CUUCGCAGUUCCCACUCCUCUUUACCGCCACGCGCUUUUCUAUUCAAAUUUCGUAAGGGAUUUGGUUUAUCAACUCUCUCUCCAUACCUACCUUUUCUCUUCCUUCUUCUUCUUCUUCUUCUUCUUCUUCAAACUGGAAUCUACUGUUCACGGACAAAAUGCCAGAAAUUCAGUUGGGUACACAUACUGUGAGGUCUCAUGGAGCUCGUUUAGCAAGAAUCCAUAUGCAUGAUUGGUUAAUCCUUUUGCUUCUUGUGGUGAUAGAGGUUGUGUUAAACGUUAUCGAACCAUUUCAUCGCUUUGUUGGACAGGAGAUGAUGACAGACCUCAAACACCCACUGCAAGAUAAUACUGUUCCCAUUUGGGCAGUUCCAAUAAUUGCGAUAUUGAUACCUGUUAUCGUAUUUCUUAUCUACUAUUUCAUUAGAAAGGAUGUAUAUGAUCUCCACCAUGCCAUAUUGGGACUAUUGUUUGCUGUUUUGAUAACUGGAGUAAUGACUGAUGCUAUUAAGGAUGCUGUUGGUCGGCCACGUCCAGACUUCUACUGGCGCUGUUUCCCCGAUGGCAAAGGGGUGUUUGAUCGAAACACAACCGGUGUUUUAUGUACAGGAGAUAAGAAUGUUAUUAAAGAAGGAUAUAAAAGUUUCCCGAGUGGGCAUACUUCCUGGUCUUUUGCUGGCCUUGGAUUUCUUGCUUUGUAUUUGUCUGGGAAAAUAAGGGCAUUUGACCAAAGGGGCCACGUUGCAAAACUUUGUAUUGUCUUCCUACCCCUGCUUAUUGCAGCUCUUGUUGGUGUCUCUCGAGUCGAUGAUUAUUGGCAUCACUGGCAAGAUGUUUUUGCUGGGGGCCUUCUCGGACUGACAAUUGCUUCAUUCUGUUAUCUGCAAUUCUUUCCAGCGCCUUAUCUCAUUCAUGGUUGGGGACCUCAUGCAUACUUUCAGAUGUUAGCAGAGUCUCGCAACGAAGUUCAAGCGUUGUCUCCGAAUGCCAAUAAUAUUAACAUGCAGCAAUUAGAAAUGGAGAGUGUCUACAUUCAACCUCAGCAUCCGAUGAGAUUCGACACACAGGACUCUAGCCCCAUGCUGAACAGAUUAGAGAGUGGAACAAGAAUCUGACCUCGAACAUCGCCCCUUUUUACGAUCAGAUUGGGUACAUAGGUAGGGAGGAUGUGAUAGCCUUCUGAAACAAAAUACUCCUAGAUGGGCUUGAAAUGAAGAUGAUCACUUUUGUUAUUUAUAUUCUUUGAUUCUUUGUCUUCAUUUCCCUCUGCUUUUGAUGACUGCUUAUUUGAGUUUUUUGGUUUGGAGUUGUGAAAUUAUUGUUUUGAUCCCAAUUUUGCAUACUGAUUAGGAAGGAACAGAAUUUAAUUCA